AUCAAAAGAUGGGUUCAUCCUCAAAAGCUGAUAAACCACAUGCUGUGUGCAUCCCAUAUCCAGCUCAAGGCCAUAUCAACCCUAUGCUAAGGUUGGCUAAGCUUCUCCAUCAUAGAGGCUUCCACAUAACUUUCGUUAACACCGAGUACAAUCAUAGGCGUCUGCUCAAGUCGAGAGGCCCCGAUUCGCUCGAUGGCUUGCUAGAUUUUGAAUUUCGAACUAUCCCCGAUGGCCUUCCGUUCUCCGAUGCCAAUUCUACUCAAGAUAUUCCUUCGCUUUGUCAAUCCACCUCCAAGAAUUGUUUAGCUCCUUUUUGUGAUCUUAUUUCUCAGCUUAAUUCAGCUGGUGACAUCCCGCCGGUUAGCUGCAUUGUUGGAGAUGCUGUCAUGUCUUUCUCUAUGUUGGCCGCCAAUAAAUUUAAAAUUCCUUAUGCUUUGUUUUGGACCGCCAGUGCUUGUGGCUAUUUGGGUUAUAUGCAUUAUCGUGAGGUCAUUAAAAAAGGUUUGGUACCACUCCAAGAUGCGAGUCAUAUCACAAAUGGAUAUUUGGAAAAUACAAUAGAAUGGACGGAUGAAAUGAAAAAUAUACGUUUGAGAGACCUUCCUAGUUUUAUUAGAACUACAAACCCAGAUGAUAUCAUGCUAAAUUUCCUCACUCAACAAAUGAAAAGAUCUCAAGAAGCUUCUGCGAUUAUAAUAAACACAUAUGAACCACUUGAACGAGAUGUUUUGAAUUCUCUUUCUUCCAUCCUUCAGUCUAUUUACGCUAUUGGUCCACUUCACUUGCUUGCCAACCAAAUUGAGGACCAAAGUUUAAAAGUGUUAGGUUCAAAUCUUUGGGCUGAGGAACCAAAGUGCGUUGAGUGGCUGAAUUCAAAGGAACCGAACUCGGUUGUUUAUGUAAAUUUUGGUAGUAUAACCGUGAUGACACCGGAGCAAUUGAUCGAGUUUGCUUGGGGAUUAGCGNUUGAACUUUAUGAGAUUUUAUGUGAGAUCCCACAUCGGUUGGAAAUGGGAACUAAAGAUUCCUUACGAGGGUAUGGAAACCUCUCUCCUAGUAGAUGCGUUUUAAAACUGUGA